AAUUUCUCAAAAUAGUAGCAACCGUGGCCACUGAAGCUGUAUAUACCCCUAGGGCCUUCGUGUAAGGACUUAGGACCGCUCGUUCCAACAGUCUUCUUGUAUACCUUGAGCUUUCUGUGGCCAAGACCGUUGCAUUUGCACGGACAAUUGCGGCCAUGGAUCACCAAUAUACCUUCGGAACCAAGGUAUCGUCCUCUUAUGGCGGAUUUUGGACGUCUACGCCUAAGGAGCUUGCGAUUACGGCACUGAAUGCCCCAUUGCGCGGUUACUCCGCGACAACCAUCGUCCGAAUUUGUUCUUUACUGACCCCUUUAUUACUGUCGAUAAUUGUUCUCAUCUGCAUCAGACUCUGGACUAAGACACCAUUCAUCAACAGGCCGGAUUACAGUCUUCUUACCACCGCUGACGAUGUUGCAAUAGCCAAGGCCAGGAAAUGGAAAGUGGAGGCCAUCAAAGGAGCCCGCUUUUUGUUUGGCUGGAUGACCACCGUGCUUGUAAGUGUUUUGAUGGUGAUGAGUGCGCUUGGCAUCGGAAAGCGCCUUGCGAUGGGCAAGGACAUCUCGGAGGAGGUGGUGGAGACAGUGUUCUGGGCGUAUCUGCUGCUCCUGCACACUCACCGGUUCUUCCCUACACCGUACCGCCCAACUAUCUUUCACCAUGUGUCGCUGCUUGCACCAGUGCCUCUGGUGAUCACUCUGCACCGUGAUAUCUGGCCGAGACUCUUGGUGCAUCCGUCGGAGCACCAGAUGAAGCAUGUCAGAAACGAGGGCUGGUUCACUUGGGCCAGACUCAUUCUUAUGGUUGCUGUGAACUUCCUUCCGCUCGUCACGCCCCGUGUUUGGCAUCCAGUUGACCCUACCGAUAAGGAAGCUGUGCCUGCUCCGGAGCAGACUUGCACACCGAUCAGCUAUCUCGGAACCUACUAUUGGAUUGACCCGGUAGUUCGUAAGGGCUACAAGCGUGAUCUUGAAGUGGAUGAUCUUCCUCCAUUGCCUGAUUACGAUCGGGCAAAGUUGUGGAGGGAAAAGACGCUGAAGAACAAGAAGAGCUCAACUCUGAUGACGGUUCUGAGUUUGAUGCGCGUUGAUAUCGCAUGGAUGAUGGUGUUCACGGCCUGCACAGCAUGCUGUCAGUUCAUCUCACCGCUCUCUAUGAACCGCCUUUUGGCUUUCCUGGAAGACCCCGAUAAUGCUUGGAUCACACCUUACUUCUUUGUUGUCGGAUUACUUAUUGCGCCUAUUGCUCAAUCCAUAUCUAUGCAAGCAUACGUCUUUACAUCUACUCGCUUGCUGGUCCGAGUGAAGAGUGCUCUUACCCAGGAACUUUAUCAGAAGACUCUGCGAAUUCGCUUCGCCUUUAGCGAAGAGGAGGCCGAAGCGGCCACUACCGAGCAGGGAAAGAGCAAGGUUGGGACAAUCAACAAUCUCAUGUCGAGUGACAUCGAAACUAUCACAAAUACCAGAGACUUCUUCUUGUUGGUCGUUGCAGCGCCUGUUGAGAUUAUCGUUGCUCUUGUUUUCCUAUACCAGCUCAUGGGAUGGAGUGCGUUUGUCGGUUUCGGAAUGUUGAUUGCGACGUUGCCCAUUCCUGGGCUCCUCACAACGAGGCUUGCAAAGAUGCAAAAGGAAGUCAUGGCAGCGACCGAUGCGCGUAUCGGGCUUGUCAGUGAGCUGUUGCAUUCCAUCCGUAUCACCAAGUUCUUUGGCUGGGAACGUGCUAUGAUUGGUAGAGUGACAGAGAAGCGUAUGGCUGAACAGCGAGCCAUCUGGAAACGGACCAUGACGAGCAUCUGGAUCAGUGUCGUCACGGACUUAUUGCCUCUCACGAACAUGUUGAUCACUUUCUUCGUGUACACGAUCGUCAUGAAGAGGACUCUGACCAGCAGUGUUGCCUUCACGGCCUUGAGUUUGUUCGAUAUUCUGAGAAGUCAGUUCUUGUGGAUCUCAUUUAUGACUCGUAUGUUGAUCCAGGCCAAGGUCAGCUUCGAGCGUAUUGACAAAUUCCUCAAUGAUCCGGAUGAGAUCGACGCUGAACAAGCGCAGUUUCUUCUUGCCCAAGCCGCUGAGAAUGAAGUCCCUCAGUUUGUUAACGCAUCUUUUGCGUGGAACUCCAGUACACUGGAGAAGGCCAUUGAGAAGGAGGAGUUCCAGCUACGUACUCUGAACUUCAACUUCAUCAAAGGCGGCCUUAACCUGGUUGUUGGACCCACUGGGUGCGGCAAGAGUUCCUUGCUUCUUGCGCUGCUCGGUGAGAUGCGCUUACUCGAAGGAUCCUUCGACUUGCCCCGUGGCAACGGUGUCGCAUAUGUCGCACAGACUGCGUGGUUGCAGAAUGCUACGAUCAAGGAAAACAUCCUUUUCGGCUCCGAAUACGACGAGGAGCGAUACGAGAAGACGCUCGACGCUUGUGCGUUGCGCCCGGAUCUUGAAAGCUUCGAAGCUGGAGAUCAGACUGAAGUUGGCGAGAAGGGUGUUACUCUUUCUGGAGGACAGAAGCAGCGCUUGAGUUUGGCCCGUGCAGUGUAUUCGAACGCUCAGACAGUCUUACUAGACGAUGUACUUUCUGCACUCGAUAUCCACACUGGCAAGUGCAUUUUUGAGAACUGUAUCAAGGGCGAGUUGCUUCGAGGCAGGACGGUCAUUCUUGUAACGCAUCACGUUACGCUUUGCUCCCCGGCAGCCGAUCAGGUUAUUGUCCUCCGCGAUGGGCAGCAAGUCCAAGUGGAUGAUGCCGCUGCUGUUCUCGAUGAGGAUUUGAUGAACGAGAUUGAAGAGGAAGCGCCAGCACGGAAAGACCAGGAGCCUGAUGUGGACGCUACGCCUGAGAACAUCGAUACUACCAAGCCUGCACAGGCACCUGCAAGCGGCAAAGGAGGAAAGCUGAUCCAGGAGGAGGAGAAGGCUCGUGGACGUAUCUCUCGCGGUCUCAUCAUCAAGUACAUGCAGAACUUUGGGACGAUUUUGUUUGCAGCCGCUCUGAUUGCUGUGGUGCUCAACCAGGUUCUGGUGCUUCUUACGACGUACGAAGUGUCGCACUUGUCUGAUCCUGUACACAUCUAUUUCUACCUCGCGUUGUACGCCGCCAUCGUGGUUGGCUCGACGUUGAUGAAUGGUCUCACUAACGUUAUCUUCUACCGUGGAUCAUGGAGCGCUGCUUUCAAGCUUCACACGGACCUUGUUGAGAGUGUGUUCGGUGCGCCUAUCUCCUGGUUUGAUUCUGUGCCCAUCGGUCGUGUGAUCAACCGUUUUUCGAAGGAUGUUCGUGCUCUUGAUUCGGUUAUCGUCCAGUGGUUGCGCAUGACUGCCGACAAUGUCGUUCGUGUCGUUGUUCGUAUUGCGUCCAUCGCCGCUAUCAUGCCAAUUUUUGCCAUCCCGGCUGCUGCCGUCACUGUGAUUGGUUACUUCAUUGGUGAGAUGUAUAUCAAGGCGCAGGUUGCGGUUAAGCGUAUUGUGUCCAUCACGGAGAGUCCGUUGUUCUCCCACUUUGGCGAUACCAUUCUCGGUGCUAUCACCAUCAGAGCUUUCGGUGCUCAAGAACGAUUCAGUCAGGAAAACAUGCGAAGGAUCGACGCACACACCAGGCCCCUCGAAACCCUUUACAACGUCAAUCGUUGGGUCUGCGUUCGAGCCGAUGCAGUAGGUUCUUUAGUUGCCUUCACUGCUGGGUUCUUGGCUCUCGCUAACGGCAAGGUGUCGCCUGGUCUUGUAGGCUUUUCCCUUGUGAAUGCUGUUGGCUUCAGUGAAACUGUUCUUUUCCUUGUCAGGUGUUCCAAUGAACUCGAGGUUGAGAUGAACUCCUACGAACGUGUCAAAGAAUACAUUGGCAUCAAGCAGGAGCCGAAAUCGACCCAGAAGGGCACACCUCCCGCAUCCUGGCCCAGUGAGGGUGAUGUAGUGGUGAAGGACUUGACAGUCCGUUACAAUCUCGACGGACCCGAUAUCCUCAAGAAGGUGUCUUUUGUCGUCAACCCUCGCGAGAAGGUUGGUAUUGUCGGCAGGACCGGAAGCGGAAAGAGCACGCUCGGUCUCAGUUUGUUGCGCUUUACGGAGAAGAUUGGAGGUAUCAUCCAGAUCAAUGGCGUGGAUAUCGACAAACUCAAUCUUGAUGCGCUUCGUCAAAGAGUGUCUAUCAUCCCUCAGGACCCCGUGCUCUUCUCAGGUACUAUCAGGUCGAACCUUGAUCCAUUUGGCGAGGCGAGUGAUGCAGAGCUCAACCUGGCUCUUCGUGCUUCUGGUAUGCUCGAUUUUGAGGACGAGAGCUAUGCUCCCUCUGGGUCUGCGACUCCGACGGGUACUAUGAAAUCCACGAAAUCAAUGAAGCAGAAGCUCAACCUGGACUCUGCUGUCACCGAGAACGGCAACAACUUCUCUCAAGGACAGAGACAAAUCCUCGCGCUGGCGCGAGCCAUUGUCCGUCGUUCCAAGUUGAUUAUCCUCGACGAGGCGACUGCCUCCGUUGACUUUGCCACGGAUGCGAAGAUCCAGCUCGCCCUCCGCACGGAAUUCAAAGAGUCAACCAUCUUGACCGUCGCGCACAGACUCCGCACCAUUAUGGAUUACGACAAAGUCCUGGUACUCGAAGCUGGUGAGGUAGCAGAGUUCGAUACUCCUGCAAACCUCUUGAAGAAGCAGGGGAUUUUUUAUACGAUGGUGAAGCGUAGCGGGGAAUACACGGAGUUGGCUAAGAUUGCGGAAGGUAAUGGAAAGGGUGAUGAAGGGGGUCAGUGAAGGGUUGUUCCUGCUACUAUUAGGUUUUGACUUGGAUAACAUAGAUUAGCUGUGCUUUUGCCAUGAAGAAUUACUGUCCAUGUUGAUAGCAGUCGUGGGAAUUAUCGUAUUGUCUUUGUGUAAAGAAAGUGGGUGCGAUGCAGAACAAGAGUGGUUGUUUGUCAAAGAACGUCAGUUGGUUGGAGGUCGAAGACGGAGGGAAGAGCGGCUCUCUUAUACCCGAUGAGUUGCCGAGUCAGGGGUGCCAUCAAUUUGAUGACAGCAGCAAUAUGGAUAUUGUGAAAACGCCCCGUGUACUUGUUGAACGUUCGUAUUCGCUUAUAAUAAUGAAACCUUCUCGUUCUCCUAACGUACAAAAUCACCGUUGCAAUCGC